UUUGCAGAAGUGCUGAGACGCGCUGGUGCAAGAGACUUUGGAGUUGGAGCGCUAUCAGCCUCUUUGCGCUCAGGCUUGUUUGCACUCGGAUUCAAAGGAUGUCGAGACAGAUCUAGCUUCCAGGCUCCGCCUGGAUAUGGCAAAAAUGAGAUCAGGAAUUCGUCGUAUAAAUAUCCUGCCGAGGGCUCCCCUUUGGAGAUCACAAUCAGUCCUCUAGCAACCUGACAUUCCAGUCCCCAGAUCUCCAGUGAUAGCAGUACUUAAGGCAUAUACAUAUAUAUAUACUUUCUCAUUCUUCAAACAAGAUGAAGAUCGCGACCCUCCUUUUGGCAGCGGCUUCCGCUGUCCUGGCCGCCCCGGCAGCUGCCCCAGCUCCCGCCCCAGAAAGCGAGCUUGCAGCCCGACAGACCAACGUCAUCUACCCACACGCCACUUUCCGUUACUGGAUCAACACCGGCGAGGUGAAAGAAGACCCUCAGGACCAGCUGCUCGUGGUCAAGGACGGCAAUCGAAACAACGAGUCAAGCACGAUCGUCACGUUCCGCGUCGGCGAAGAGUAUGAGGGCCGCACCUGCAAGCUUCUCUUUGACCUUUGGGACCGCGACUGGUCAACCGGAACUCAACAGAUGGAUGUCUUUUCCGUCAUCGACCCUCCCGGGCAAUUCACCAUUUUGAGCAUCCCGAGCGUUCGUCCCGCAUCCAGCCGAGAUAAGCACAAGGGACGCAUCUUGGCUCCCAAGCCCGGCAGUGCGACGUGGCUUCAGGCCUACGACGGAUACCCCGAGUUCCCUUGCCCCGUAGGGAAGCUGAUGGGUAUUGAAUUUGUUGGUGUGGGCGACCGCGUGGAAGUCCGUUGGGACAUUGGUGUGACGGGACCACGCCUCCAGCCAUUGUAAUGACAUGAGGCGACUUGAGGGAAACGGGGGUAUGGAAUAGAUAGAAGAAGACUGCUUUGCUUCUUUUUUGUGCUC